GGCAAGAUGUGCUCUGAACUGGUCUGUGUGUGGAGGUCCAGCCCUUCUGGUCUGGGGCCCUUUCUCCUGGCCCAGCAAAGUGACAGGAGCUGGAGGGCUGGGGGGAGGAGAUGGCCCAAGGUGGGCAGGGCAGGGCUGGGCCCAGGGGUUUCCCUCCCAAGGUGGAGUGCAGAAGGAGCAGGAGGAAGGAGCUGGGAUUCAGGCCCUCUUUCUCCCUUCCCCCUCUCCGAAAGCUCUGCCUGGCACAGAGGCUCGCAGGCAGGCAGAGCAGCUCCAGUUACAGCCCAGAAACCAAGAGAGGCUGGCCUGGGAUUGGGAGGGGGGUGUCACGUGGGCGGCGGGAGCCCUCCCUGCCCCCUCCCGGAGGCUGCAACCCAACCCGCCCUGCUCCUGUUGCCCUCUCAGCCUCUGGCCGCUAGGCAAGACCCUCCAGGCUGCUGGCUGACCACAGGGAAGGGGCUCUUCCCUCUUCCUCCAUGGCCUGGCCCGGCUUCUUGGCGGUGUGGUUAGCAGGUGGCAUUUCCAUCUGGUUCUCCAGGGGCCUAGAUAGCUUGGACUGAUGCCCUCCUGAAGGAGGGGGGUGCCUGGCUCCCAGCAGAAAGGGGCCGGCCUGAGGUCUUCUGGCUUACGGGCAGCGAGCCCCUGACCAUCCUCCCGCUGACCCUGGAGCCGGAGGCCGCCGCCCAGGCACACUACAAGGCCUGUGACCGGCUGAAGCUGGAGCGCAAGCAGAGACGCAUGUGUCGCCGGGACCCAGGCGUGGCCGAGACUCUGGUGGAGGCGGUCAGCAUGAGCGCUCUGGAGUGCCAGUACCAGUUCCGGUUCGAGCGCUGGAACUGCACUUUGGAGGGCCGUUACCGGGCCAGCCUGCUCAAGCGAGGCUUCAAGGAGACCGCCUUCCUCUAUGCCAUCUCGUCGGCCGGCCUGACGCACGCGCUGGCCAAGGCGUGCAGCGCGGGCCGCAUGGAGCGCUGCACGUGCGACGAAGCCCCCGACCUGGAGAACCGCGAAGCCUGGCAGUGGGGUGGCUGCGGGGAUAACCUCAAGUACAGCAGCAAGUUCGUCAAGGAGUUCCUGGGCCGGCGGUCGAGCAAAGACCUGCGAGCCCGCGUGGACUUCCACAACAACCUCGUGGGUGUGAAGGUAAUCAAGGCUGGGGUGGAGACCACGUGCAAGUGCCACGGUGUGUCGGGCUCCUGCACCGUGCGGACAUGCUGGCGGCAGCUGGCUCCCUUCCACGAGGUGGGCAAGCGCCUGAAACACAAGUACGAGACAGCACUCAAGGUGGGCAGCACCACCAACGAGGCCACCGGUGAGGCCGGUGCCAUCUCCCCGCCUCGGGGCCGGGCAGCAGUGACAGGCAGCAGCGACCCGCUGCCCCGCACACCAGAGCUUGUGCACCUGGAUGACUCACCCAGUUUCUGCCUGGCCAGCCGCUUCUCCCCAGGCACUGCCGGCCGCAGGUGCCACCGGGAGAAGAACUGUGAGAGCAUCUGCUGUGGGCGUGGCCACAACACACAGAGUCGGGUGGUGACUCGGCCCUGCCAGUGCCAGGUUCGCUGGUGCUGCUACGUGGAGUGCAGGCAGUGCACACAGCGCGAGGAGGUCUACACCUGCAAGGGCUGAGCCCCUGGUCCAGCCCAGCUGCUGCAGGGUAGAGGCAGUGCAUGCAGCGCGAGGGGUGUACACCUGUGGGGGCUGAGCCCCUGGGCUGGGGCCCCCAGCACACUUGGCACAUGGUGGCGGGAGCCUGGGGAUUGGCCGGCUUGGCUGUCUCUGCCCCUUUGUUCCCCCUCGCAAAGACCCAGAGGCGGGAGGUGGCCCUGGUCUGGCCCCUGCGUCCCCUCUGUCCGCCCCCACCCCCAUGACCUGAGAGCGUUGUACAAUGCUUUCCAAGCUCUGUCCGUCCCUAAGAGGCCAGUUCCUGUGGAGCGGCGGCCCUACCUGCUCUGGGCUCCGUCAGAGGAGCAGCAGGCGCACCUUUGUGACCACACAGGGUCCCUGUGCGGCUGCCUGUGGGCUGUCCUGCUCCAGCACUGGCGUAGAGAGUCAAACCACUAGGAGAGAGACAGCCCAGCCGCCCGGCUGUGUGGGGGUCACUGCCGUCCCCUCUGACAUGGAGCACUUCUCUAGGGAGUGAUAGCGGUGACUUUUAAAUUAUUUUUAUUUAACUAAUAUAUAAUUAUUAUUUGUGCAUCCCUGUCCUGCCCCAGGCUGCGGCUCCCCCUACUCUCGGUGGAGCCCAGUCUGGAGGGCCCCUUUCCUCCCCUCCACGUCCCCUCCUAACCUCUUUGCCUGAUCUGCUUUGUCAUUUGAAACCACUAAAUCAAGAGGGAUGUUGCUGUUGUUGUUUUUAAAGUAGUAAAGCAGGUUGUGUCUGGCCACUGCCCUCAGGGCUUCUGGAAGCCAGGUCCCUGUAGCCCAAGCCAGCUGCCCCGCUGAGACUUUCCUGGGAGGUGGGUGGACCCCGCUCUGGGCGACUUUGGGUGGGCAGCCCUGCACUCCAGGCCCUUCUGUGUAGGUUUGGAGGCCACGGGUGGCCUGGCUGAGGGUGACCUGCCCUCCCCCCAGGGGUGGGCAUGGCAGAGGGGAAGGGCCAGCCCCUUGGAGGGGUCCUUUCCUAGCUUCCUUUGUGUUGCUGUGGGAGGAGGCAAAGCUGAGGACCGAGGCGGAUGGUGAAAAUCUGGGGCUAGGAUUUGACAAAUGGUAGGCUGUUCUCCUGGGCCAUGCUAUUGUCUUUGCAGGGAAGAAAAACAGAUGGGCUACACUGACCUGGUUUGGUUUGAGUGUGUGUGCAUGUGUGCAUGAGUGUAUAUAUGUGCAUGAGCACACGCAUGUGAAGUAUGUACGUAUUCAUGUGCACGAGUGUGCAUGCGUGCACGAAUGCACUUUGCAUGUUGAUGCGUGCGUUGUGUGCAUGCGUGUGAGCACGGGUCACAUGUGUGCAUGAGUGUGCCUGUGAGUGCAUGGGUGCAUAUGUGCUGCGUGCUGUAUGCACAUGUGUGAGCGUUUUGUGUAUGUGUGCAAACGUGUACACGUGCGGUGCACGUGUGGUUGUGUGUGCAUGAGCGUGUGUGAUGUGCGUGCAUGCAUGUGGGUGAGCAGGUGUCCCAGUGUGUCUGUGGUGUGUGUGUGUAUUCGCGCUGUGUUGGCGCGGUCAGUGGUCAUCUGGGGCGUGGCCUCCGCCCAGGGCCCUUCCUCCACAUGAGGCUGUCCUUCCCACUUUGGUGUGAACAGCAGCCUUGUCUCCUAGGUCCUCUGGCUCUGGGCCUGUCUGGCUCGGCUCUGUGGCUGUGCUCUGGGGCCGCACAGUGCUGGGUAGCAGUGCAGACACGGGAACUACUGAGUGAGGGGGUUCCUUGGGGUCCCGUGGGCUCCAGGGACCCUGGGGACUGUGUUUUUAGAAGAAAACCUAUUUAUGUCGAUGUGGGUCUCUUUGUCCCUCUUUUAUAGUGUAAAUAGUAAAGUCUAUCCUGUGGUUCCGAGAACACCCCCGUGAAUAACUACGUACUGACAGGGUGGGGGCCGGGGCCCAGAGCAGGUGGAGCGAGCCACACCCCAGGACAAGACUGUAGCUCAGUCACUACUGGGUCUGCAAAGGCAGCGCGUCGGAGGAAGGAUCUUCUUUUAAUCAGAUACCACAUUUAGCUCUAUGUCCUAAAUAUAAAGCAAAGUAUUUUUUGAAACAAGGCAGACUGAAAACGUCUGCUGGCUGGUUUGUUUAUAUAUAAAUAUAUAUCAGAAUAUCUUGCUAAGGAAAGAAGCAACUCCUCCUGACAGAGCCUCUCACUGGCCUGCUUCUCUUCCAUGUGGGGGAGAGCCUCUAGAAGAAACUGUGUUCUGUGGCAGGGCACAGGGCCCCCCGAGGUCAGCCUCUCUGGCAAAGGGAGCCGGCCACAGGGAGGAGCCACGCGGAGGGCCAGGCAGGUCCCGGCCACCUGCUCCCCGCCAGCCACACAGACGUGGACUCCUGGCUUGGUUUGGCCAGGUCCGGGCAGGGCGGGAGGAGAGGGGCAUUCACACAUGAGAACUCUCGCCUCUGUGCAGAGUCUCGGAGUCUCGUGCGAGCCUAUCGAUUUCUCUACCUCAUCUGUAUAGCGAGUAGGUGUGUACUCGAGUGACUUGGAGAAUGUAUUUAUUUAACAGCUUUGUGUAACAGAACAGAAACAAA